UUAAAACACUUUGAUUCUUUAGUUAUUACAGAACGACCACGUAGUCCAGUUAGACGUUCGCGUUCACCACGAAGUGGACCACGAAAAGCCGUAAUCGCUUCUUCUCGUCGAUCACCCACACCUAAACGACGUAGAAGACGUUCUUCACCAUCUCCGAAGCGACGGCCAUCGCGAGAUAGAAGCGGUAGCCGAGAUCGACGUAAUCGUUCUCCAGUUCGCAAAGUCACUCCGCCACCGCGUCGUCUUUGUGUGCGUAAUUUAAGUCGAAAUGUAACAAAAGAGCAUUUGUCGGAAAUUUUCGGUGUUUAUGGAGGUUUGAAGGCAUGCGAGUUGCCAAUGGAUCGGCAGCAUACUCAUUUAGGCAGAGGAUAUGGAUAUGUGGAGUUCGAGCAACCGGAAGAUGCGGAGAAAGCUUUAAAACACAUGGAUGCUGGGCAAAUUGAUGGUCAAGAAGUCACUUGCGAACUCACACAUCCACCUCGUUCAACGCUUAAUGGAAGUGGUAGGCGUCCACUUUCGCCCGUUAGAUACCGAGGCUCAUCACCUCGACGUUAUCGUAGUCCACCUCGUUCGCACGGAACUGGUGGAAAUAUGGUACCGUUAGGACCAAGCAGAUUCAAUCGAUCUCGAAGCCGUAGCCCAAGACGCAGACGCAGUCGUUCAUGA